ACUGUACAGUUCAUCAUUAAAAUUAAAAACGAACAAAAAACGGAAAAAAACAAAACUAUUAAAACUCAGUGUUGUGUUCGACUUAAUUUUUUAGCUAAAAACAAAAUCUCAAAAUAAAUGUCCUUAAUUUAUUAAAAAAAUAAUAAAAUAUAAUAAUAAUGGUUGAAAUUGAAAAUCAAACAUCAAACAAUACAAUGGAUGCCAAUGAUAAACAGUUAACACAAACUAUCACCAUUGCCCAUAGUGAUAAUCCUGAAGAAAUAACGGCAGAAUCUAAAUUAUUAAAUAGUAGUAGUAACGGUAGUGCUCCUAAAAAUGGUUUAAAAAAGCAAAAAAGUGUUAAAUCCGAACAGGAUCGUAAAAUGACCGAAGAUAUAAAUAAAUUAUUACGUGAUAUGCCACUGACAGAUGAUAUGACUUGCGGUUUUUGGAUAUUUAAGGGAACAUUUUUUCAAAGAUUCGCAAAUCAAACAUCAUAUGUAGUACUCUACGGCUUGGUGGGCUGUAUAUUCUCAAUGACAUAUGCCUACUUUAAUGGAACGAUAACAACUAUUGAGAAAAGAUUUAAAAUACCAUCCAAAAAUACAGGACUGAUUUCAGUAGGAAAUGAUAUAAGUCAAAUGAUGGUGUCAGCUGUGUUAAGUUAUUAUGCCGGUAGGGGACAUCGACCGAGAUGGAUAGGUUUUGGUCUCUUAACGAUAGUGGCAUUUUGUUUGCUAACAGCAGCUCCCCAUUUUCUAUAUGGUCCAGGAGAGGAUGCUUUAGCUUUAACUGCAGAAUUUGGUGCUUUGCCUGAUGAAAAUGCCACCAUGGAGGUGUUAGAAGAACAACGUUCGAAAACUUUAUGCCGCCUUCGAGGAGACAGUAUAGAGUGUGAAGAGGGAGAGGGAAAUUUUGCCCCUCAGGUGGUAUUAUUCUUAGCGCAAUUUAUCUCAGGCAUUGGUGGUUCUCUGUAUUACACUUUGGGUGUUUCAUAUAUGGAUGAUAAUAUUAAAAAAUCCAAGACUCCUGUCUUACUAAGUCUAUCAUAUUUCUUACGUAUGCUGGGUCCUGCGAUUGGUUAUGCCCUAGCCUCUCUGUGUCUGCGGAUCUAUAUAGCACCUCAAUUGCAUCCUGUCAUUAAAAUGAAAGAUCCUCGCUGGUUGGGUGCCUGGUGGAUGGGUUGGUUGAUUAUAGGUACCAUGAUUCUAAUAACGGGUACUUGUUUAACUAUGUUUCCACGAGAACUACCAAGAGCCGCUGCUAGACGUAUGGUAGAAGAUGAGCGUAAAAAGCAACGUGCCUCUAUAAAGGAUAAGGAAAAGACAGAAAAGGAAUUACUUAAUGAACAGCUAGAAGAUAAACCUGUUGUAGAACAUAAGGCUUCAUUUAAGGAUAUGAUGAUAACUUUUAAACGUUUGACCACCAAUAAGACUUUAAUGUAUAAUAAUUUUUCAUCAGUAUUUUAUUUCUUUGGUUAUACACCAUACUGGAUCUUUACACCGAAAUAUAUUGAAAUACAAUAUCGUCAAUCGGCUUCAACGUCUAGCAUGGUUACCGGUACUGUGGCCUUAGCUUUCUCUGCUGUGGGUGUCUUACUUUCCGGUUUUAUUAUUUCGAAAUAUAAACCUCGUGCCCGUUAUAUGGCAGCUUGGAAUGUUGUGGUAGGCUUUCUUACUGUAGCUGGUAUUAUGACUUAUGCUUUUAUCGGUUGUCCUGGCAAUGAACAGUCUGUGGUGGUGAAUAUUCAUGACAAAUCUAUAAGUAGUGCUCCUACUUGUAAUUCAGAAUGUGGUUGUGAUUAUGUGCGUUAUUCUCCAGUAUGUGGUGAAAAUAAUAUGACCUAUAUCUCUCCUUGUCAUGCUGGAUGUAAAAAACAGCAUAUUACCAAUACUGGUGCUAAGUAUUUCUAUGAUUGUUCUUGCAUACCCAGCGUCAAUACAACUUUAAGCGGCAGUCCCGCCUUCCAGCGUUUAACAUCAAUGGAUUUAACAGAAACUGAUUUCAAUAUGAGUGAUUCGACAACACCAGCAAUGAUUACAUCUUUAUCCUCGUAUCCAGAUGUACUAUUUGGUAGUGGUGGUCAAGCUAUGUCCGGUGCCUGUUCGGUAAAUUGCUUCACUCAGUUCGUUACAUUCCUUGCGGUAAUGUGUUUAUUGAAAUUUAUUGGUGCCACAGGAAGAGCUUCAAAUUUUCUUGUAUCCGUACGUUGUGUACCGGAAAAGGAUAAAACAGCAGCCAUGGGUUUUGGUAUGAUGAUGAUGUCCAUGAUGGCCUUUAUACCAAGUCCCAUAUUCUUUGGUUGGGUAUUGGAUAGAUUGUGUUUGGUGUGGGGUAAAACAUGCUCAAAUAAAGGCAACUGUUGGCUCUACGAUCCAGAAUCAUUAAGAUAUACUCUCAAUAUGACUGCCGCUGUUUUUGUUACUAUUGGUGCAAUUUUCGAUUGUGGUGUUUGGUAUUAUGUAAAAGAUUUGAAAAUCUUCGAUGAAGAAGUUAAAGAUGUAGAAAUGGAAAUUGUUCAACAUGAGGAAGAGGAAAUGAAAACUGAAAUUUAAUUAAAGUGAAAUUACUAUAUAAGUUUUUAGUUGAAUUCAAAUCCUUUUUUUUAACCCUUUUUUAAUCAUCUCUAAAGUUUGUGUGAAUGCGUGUGUUUAUUUGUAUAGAGAGAGAGAGAGAGAGAGAGCAGUGUCUGUGUGAAUGUGUAUGUUGAUUUGUUUAAACAAAUAAACAGUUUUCUUAUCAUUUUAUAUAUUAAGUGAAAAAUAAUAAAUUCAAUAACGAUUGUUGUUUAUUAAAUAAUUUUAAUAUAUUUCUAAGUGUUAAAGU